CUUCCUACGAGAUGUUGGACUGUACUUGAGAAAGAACAAAUGCUGAAUGAAACAAAAGAACAAAUGUGGAACCAAACUUUGGAGAAUACCUACAAGAAUUGGUUCUAUGAAGCCUGGGGUUUUAAGGAGGGAAAAUG